AUGAAGUUGAAUACAAUUUCUAUCCUUAUGCUAAUGUUAUGUGGUUUUCUAAUUAAUUUAACGAUUGGUAAAGAACGAAGAACUGCACAAAGUAGAACAACAAGAGCUGACAAUGAGUUUAAGGUUGAAGAAAUAGCAAAAAGAUUGGAGGCAACUAUUUGGUCAAUAGAGGAUAAGAUCAAUAAAAAAAUUGAUGAAAAUAUUGGAAAAUUUACAACAAGAAUCAAUGAGUUGGAAGGAAGAAUAAAUGAAAUUUUAAGUAACAAGAUUAAUGACGUGCUUAUCCCAAUUUUUGAUGCAAAGUUUAUGUCAAUUUAUGAGAAAUUAUCAAAAGAUGAAAUUAAUGUUUCAAAUCAGAUUAUUCAAAAUCAAAAUCGGUGCAAAGACGAAGUGAUAAAGCAAAUUAAUGUACACAAUAAUGAUUUAAAUCAAGGCAAUAUUCAUGAAGCAGUAGCAAGUUCAGAAGAAGAAAAACAUCGCGAAGAUCUCACCGAAAUCAAUGAAAAAUUGGAACAUCUUAAAUAUUAUUUACAAUAUGUGUUCGAUGAAGAUAAAAACAUUUCUCGAGAGAUUCCUCCAAAACAUAUUAAAAUUCAAAAGAAAGAACGAGUAGACAAUAAUCAAACUGGUUUGAUAAAUGAAGUAUUGUCUAUGGUUAUGGACAAAAUAAAAAACAAAGGCACAGAAAAGAUCGAAGAUAAAAAUUGCACGAAACCGCAGAAUUCGCCCAUGUCUGAUAUUGUUUCGAAUUUUGAAAACAUGAAACGAAUAAUGAUCAUAGCGACAACCAACAAAACCAAUUCAUCAAUGAAAAAUAGUCGAAUCGUAUAUCCAGACAUUAAAAAUAAACCGUCAAUGUUGAAUACAAGCUUCUUCACUGAUUCAUUGCGUAAUAAAGACAUCAAAGGAUUUUCAUGUGUUGAAUUGAUGAAUAUUGGAAUGCGACAAUCAGGUGUUUAUUAUCUUCAGAUACAUGGGACAACAUUCUGGUUUUUAAAAGUGUUUUGUGAACAAGAAAUUGCGGACGGCGGGUGGACUGUAAUUCAGAGACGUGAUUAUUUUGGCGAACCAAAAGAAAACUUUAAUCGUGAUUGGGCGGACUACAAGAAGGGAUUUGGAAAUCCAGCCAAAGAAUUCUGGAUGGGAAAUGAAAAUAUUUUUAUGCUGACUAAUAAUGAAGAAUACGCUCUGAGAAUUGAGCUUGAGGAUUUUGAGGGAAAUAAAAGAUACGCUGAAUAUUCUCGAUUUAAAAUUCAUUCUGAAGCUGAUUAUUAUAAGCUCGAAGUUUACGGCUAUGAAGGAAAUGCUGGUGACUCAUUUAAUGAUUUAACGUAUGGUGCUAAUAACAGCCCAUUUUCAACAUACAAUCGUGAUAAUGAUAGAAGUUCAUUGAAUUGCGCAAGCAUGUUAAAAGGAGGCUGGUGGUGGAAAUCUUGUGGCAGAGGCUUGAACGGUCUCUAUUUACGAGAUCCUUUUGAUGAUUCUGCAAAGCAGGGAAUAAUUUGGUUUACAUGGAAGGGAUGGGAUUACACUUUAAAGAAAUCAACAAUGAUGGUAAAACCAUUGGCAAAAAUAAUUAACUAA